AUGAUACCACCACGCAUUGUUCCAUGGAGAAGCUCUGGCGAAUUAGAAGAGCUAAAAUGUUGGUUUUACCCGAGAAGCAAAGCUAUCAUAGGUGAUAUGAGACAUCGUGCUGUGCAAAAAGUACAGAGCUACCAGCUUAAAGGUUCGCAGUAUUUGCCUCAUGUAGUAGACUCUACAGCACAAAUAACAUGUGCUGUUCUGCUAGAUGAAAAGGAAACAAGUUCGGGAGUGGACCAAGACUCUAUUCCCAUUCGAUUGUCUUAUGUAAUGGCCUUGAUUCGUUUUGUCAAUGGCCUGUUAGAUCCAACACAGCAGUCUCAAUUUGCCAUUCCCUUGCAUACAUUGGCGGCUAAAAUUGGGCUUCCUUCUUGGUUUGUUGAUUUGAGGCACUGGGGCACGCAUGAAAGAGAUUUACCUGGCCUUGAAAUUCUUCGUUGGGCCGCCAAUGAAGCAUUGUCUUGGCUAUAUGAACAUUACUGGAACGAUGGGGAGUUGGAAGAUGACGGGGACGAUUCACAUGAUAAUGGUUACGAAUACGAAAGAAAUGAUAAACUAGAAAAGUAUAUGGGGUCGUUAGCUAAUACACUUGAUAAGUGGAAACGACUUAAAAAUGAGUUUUCAGAGCACAAAUGGGUAUGGGAAAAUGCCAGCGAUAGCUUAAUCACAAGUAGUAAUUUUUCCGGAAGCGACUUGACUAACCUCUAUUCCGGAAAGAGGAAAGGUUCGUACGAAAGCUCAUCUGAAACAAUGAUCAGAGAAAACUUGCGUCAGUGGCAAGAGCUUUGGAAAUUAUCCAUUUAUCAUAACGUUGUACUUGAGAAUUUUUUCAGCAAUUAUGAUCCACUUUUGCUCAAAGUAUUAAUGCUAAAUUUAAAUAAUUUUGACUGGAAAUUAAUUGAAUGGGUGGCUAAGAACUACAAAGCCCAACAAGAUGAUAACAAUGUCACGACGAUUUUAAAGAAAAAAUUCAAUGUUUGGAAAGAACUACAGAAAAAACUGUUGGAUGUUAUAAUAAAUAACCUUGACAACAGAAAUGUUAAAAAUAAGUGGCAAAAUUGGGAGAAACUUAUCGAUGAAAAUGCAUCGUACUUAAUACUAUAUUUCUGCCAGUCUAUGCUAGCCAAAUUAGAUACCGAAAAGACUUGUGGGAAUUCAUGGAGAAACAAAAAACGCAGAAGACAACCUGAUAGUACAAUGGAAAUCGAGACCAAAUUAAAAGAAAACAUAGAUAACUUAUCAUUGAGGUUUAGCGAAGGCGACAUGAAACUGUAUGAUUUUACCCCUGCAGACAAAGACCUUUUCCCAAUGAAGAAGAAAACCAGUCCUGCAUUGAAAACUGACACCAAUGAUAUACUAGGCGAUUUGGCGUGCUUGAAGCAAAGGAUGACCAAUAGCGUAAUAGUCAGUAAAAAAAAGAAAUCAGAGGACAACGAUGCUGCACCUUUGAAAAGUUGGUCAAGGGUACAAAAUUGGCAACCUAGACCCUUUGGUGUUCUGUGA